AUGGCUCGACCCGUUCCUGCGGUCGUCCGUCCGUUCGCCGUUUGGCGGCGGCAGUUCUCCGCCUCGUGCUCUCGACCCGCUGUCGACAAGCGCUGCACCACCGCCGCUGAUGCUAUCACCGACAUGAAGGGCUCCUCCACAAUCCUUGUGGGAGGGUUCGGUUUCUCCGGUGUCCCCAACACCCUGAUCAACGCUGUCCGUGAUCGCCCCGAGAUCAAGGACCUGACCGUUGUCUCCAACAAUGCCGGUAUGCCUGGUGCUGGUCUUGGCCAGCUGCUCGAGUCGAAGCAGAUCAGUAAAAUGAUCGCUUCGUUCAUUGGCGAAAACAAGGUCUUUGAGAAGAUGUAUCUCUCUGGCGACCUUGCUCUGGAACUGACCCCCCAGGGCACCAUUGCUGAAAAAUGCGCUGCUGGUGCCGCUGGUGUCCCUGCUUUCUACACCCCUGCUGCUUAUGGAACUAUCGUACAAACUGGUGAACUCCCCGUGCGCUACAACAAGGACGGAACGGUCGCGGAAUACUCCAAGCCCAAGGAAACCCGCGAGUUCAACGGCAAGGCUUAUAUCAUGGAAGAAUCGAUUUUCGGUGACUACGCUCUGAUCAAGGCUGACAAGGCCGACAAGCUCGGCAACUGUCAGUUCCGCAAGGCUCAGAACAACUUCAACGAGGCCAUGGGCAAGAACGCCAAGUACACCAUCGUCGAAGCCGACCAGAUCGUCGAGGUCGGUGAGCUCCGCCCCGAGGAAAUCCACCUACAGGCCAUCUACGUCAACAAGGUUAUCCAGAGCCAGGAGAAGAAGCAGAUCGAGAAGCUCACCUACGCCAAGGACCCCAGCGAGAUGCUCCAGGCUGGCUCUGGCGAGGCCACUGCCCGUCGCGAGCGGAUCGUCAAGCGUGCCGCUAAGGAAUUCCAGGACGGAAUGUACGUCAACCUCGGUAUCGGAAUGCCUCUUAUCGCUCCCUCGUACCUCCCCGAAGGCGUCGAAGUCUUCCUGCAGGCUGAGAACGGUAUCCUCGGCCUGGGCGGCUACCCUCGCCCCGGCGAGGAGGACCCCGACCUUAUCAACCCCGGAAAGGAGACCGUCACCCUGAGCAAGGGUGCUUCUCUGUUUGGAUCCCACGAGAGUUUCGGCAUGAUCCGCGCUGGCCGCAUCGACAUGACCAUGCUUGGUGCCCUGCAAGUCAGCCAGUACGGAGACCUCGCCAACUUCAUGCUCCCCGGUAAGGUCAAGGGUGUUGGCGGCGCCAUGGACUUGGUCGCCAACCCCGAGAAGACCAAGGUUAUUGUCACUAUGGAACACACCGACAAGAAGGGCAACCCCAAGAUCCUGUCCCAGUGCUCGUUCCCUCUGACCGGCCCGCGCUGCGUAUCCACGAUUAUCACCGACCUCGCCGUCUUCCAGGUCAGCACGACCGACGGCCUCACCCUUGUUGAGCACGCCGAAGGCGUGACCGUCGACGAGAUUCGCAGCAAGACGGAAGCCCCGUUCAAGGUUGCGGCGGACCUGAAGCCGAUGCUGUAA